CCUUCCGGAUGUGCCCGCCGCCGCCAUUGUGCAGCGCUGGUCCCCUGCGAGGGCGCCGGCCCGCGGCGAGUCCCCUUGGGGCUUCCCUUCGUUUUUCAUCCUCCGGUCCGGGGAGCCCCGGCAGGCCCGGGACUCCCGUCCGUGCCGGUGCGGGCGCCGGCAUGUGGCUGUGGGAGGAGCAGGGGGGCCUCCUGGGCCCCUUCUCCUUCCUGCUGCUGCUGCUGCUGCUGGUGACGCGCAGCCCCUUCAACGCCUGCCUCUUCACCUGCAGCCUCUACGUCCUGCUGCGCGCCUUCAGCUUCGAGCCGCUGCCCGCCCGCCGGGCCCUGCAGGUGCUCAAGCCCCAGGACCACGCGGCCGCCAUCGCGCACCGCGGGGGCAGCCACGACGCGCCCGAGAACACGCUGGCGGCCAUCCGGCAGGCAGCUAAGAAUGGAGCCAUGGGUGUGGAGCUGGACGUUGAGUUCACUUCCGACGGGAUUCCUGUCAUGAUGCACGACAACACGGUAGAUAGGACGACCGACGGCACGGGCCGCCUGUGCGAUCUGACCUUCGAGCAAGUCAGGAAACUGAAUCCUGCAGCGAAUCACAGGUUAAGGGAUGAUUUCCCCGAUGAAAAGAUCCCCACUCUAAGGGAAGCUGUCGCAGAGUGCCUGAAGCACAACCUCAAAAUCUUCUUUGAUGUCAAAAGCCAAGCAAAUAAGGCAACUGAUGCUCUAAAGAAAAUAUACAUGGAGUUUCCUCAGCUCUACAACAAUAGUAUGGUCUGCUCAUUCUUACCUGAAGUUAUUUAUAAGAUGAGACAAGCAGAUGAGAAUAUAGUAACAGCUUUGACGCACAGACCGUGGAGCCUCAGCCACACGGGCGAGGGCAAGCCGCGCUACAGCUCCUUGUGGAAACAUGGCUUCUUCGUGUUCAUGGACGUUUUGCUCGACUGGAGCAUGCACAACAUCCUGUGGUACCUGUGUGGGAUUUCAGCGUUCCUCAUACAGAAGGAUUUCGUGUCGCCGGAUUAUUUGAAGAAGUGGUCAGCAAAGAACAUCGAGGUCGUGGCGUGGACCGUGAACUCCUUCAGCGAGAAGAAGUACUACGAGUCCCACCUGCACUGCAGCUACAUCACCGACUGCCUGGUGGAAGAGUGCGCGUCUCAGUUCUAGCCUCGAGGCCCCGGGGAGGGAAACCGAGUCCGGAAUGGCCAGCUGGCCUCCUGCCGGGGUCUCACAAUGCCCUCGGUGCUGGCGCGAGCCUCCGGGGGCCUGAGGGCCCCCCCCCACAAGCAAUAGUCAGUGCAGGUACCUCGAUUUCUACCUGGACCCACAGCCAAACCCAGAGUGGGUCCCCCCACCCCCACCCCCCGCCACCCCCACGCUGUCUGUGCAAUGCCAGAGUCCGCCACCCUGGCCCCGGACAGCGUGGGUGGGGCUGCAGGAAGGCACAACGACGCUGGCCCGGCCGAGCCACACAACCCCCCCGAGAGCCAGCGAGGAUAAGCACAGAGCCGGCGUGGCGUUCGGGGUGCGUGGGAGGUGCAGGCGCAGGUGCAUGGGAAACGCAUGAGUCCUUAAGUCUCUAGCUCACUACACUUCCGUAUUGAAAACACUUAAACAGUAGUUGUGUUGAAACUACUCUUACUCAGCUCCGUUAUCAAUGUGCUGUAGACGUCCAACUUGUGACCAUACUAAUAAAGUCACUUACAAAGGGAAAAA